GCGAGAGAGAAAAUUACGGCAAAUUUCGCACUAAAAUGGAUUCUUUGACUUUCGCGAAUAGAUAGAAUUUUCUGUUUUGAUAACUUUAUCGAUCGACGCCAUGCAGGCAUUUCGUGAUUUAUUGAGACUGUUUGUGAUAGUUGGUGUGAUCGACCUUGUAAAAGGUCGAGGUCAUUUGAUUGACCCUCCCAUGAGGUCAAGUUUAUGGAGGUAUUAUCCGUGGAACCAGAUGAAUGUUCCUAAAAACGUAGAUGACACUGGACUAAACUGCGGGGGAUUCUGGCGGUUACAUGAAAUUAAUGGCGGGAAAUGCGGAUUGUGCGGCGAUUCCUAUGACGAGGUACGCAAAAACGAGGCUGGCGGGAAAUACGCAAAUGGCUACAUCGUCAAGAAGUAUUACCAGGACGAUCAAUUCAUGAACGUGACAGUGGACGUCCUCUCCAAUAUAGGCGGCUACUUCGAGUUCCAUCUCUGUCCUAACGACAACGUGACGUCACCAAUUACGCAAGAGUGCCUAGAUAAAUACCCGCUGACAAUAGAGGGGUACGGAAGUCGGUACGUACCGGAUACGGCCGUCAAACACAACCUGUUUCUCAAGAUCCCGGAUGGAGUCACGUGUUCGCAGUGUGUUCUUCAGUGGAAGUGGAUCGGGGGUAACAACUGGGGAGUAUGCCCUGAUGGCUACGGCGGACUUGGAUGCGGAAAACAGGAAGAAUAUUACAACUGCGCAGACAUUUCCAUCUUACCUCCUUCCGGUAACAGACCAAAGUUAGCUCGUCCCGCCAUUGUAAACCGGAACCCGGCCCCUCCCACUACAACACAAAACCCAAUAAUGCCUAUUCUACCCCCUUUUAUUCAAAGAUCCGAAAAGUAUAAGAAGUUUUAUAAAAAGUACAUUGAAAACGUAAUGAAAGGUAUGGUAGCAGGUAAAUGGUCCGACAACGCUAUUUCAAGCUUAGAAUACAAACUUGAAAAACAGAAACGAACCAACAAAUCAGAACAGAGUACAUUGUGGGUGCCGAACAGGACUUCCGACUUCCGGUUAACAGGAGAGUAUCCUGAUUGGUCGAGGCCAUCCCUCUCUGUCAAAAUGCCAGAUGUUUUACAACAGAACAGAGUUUACUCUUUUAUGGACAUAGUAAAGAAGAACUUGAAAAAUGGCGAGACCGAGAGUAGCUCCACAGUGUUAGUCGACAGACCUGUGAUCACGGGUCGGCCAGUUUAUCUACCUGAGGGACCCGUUAGUGUCCCCCUCCCCACAACAACAAUACCGACCCCUCCUUCGACCGUCACAACAAGCUCAGUUAAUAUUUAUGGCCAGCAGACAACCAUAUUCCCGCCAACCAGCGACCCAUUCUUGGACAAGGCAUAUUUCCGAUUUGUUUACAAUCCUAGAGACACAGCUCCACGGUUCACGUUAGCGACUCAACGCGUUCCCAUGACAACCACCACCCCGUUGCCAAGAAAAACAAACCCACCUUUAACAACCUCUUCGCCAAUCACACCAAACAUCGAAAAUAAAACCCAGACAAAAUUAACUACCACAACAACAAAUUCUCAAAAUACUGGAAGAUUAAACUUUCCUGAGUUUGAUUACGAACAAAUUCGGAACAACCGAAUCAUCGCACAGAGGAUUCCGUACUACCUCCACACGUCGGCUCUUCGAACUCCGACAGACCCUAUUACGUCAUUUUUCGACUCGAUGAUGAGCGUGUUUUCUCCCGCCAGUCCGGAUUAUCCGUCAGAAGUUCCGUAUUAUGACGUCAGUGUCACGGAUCCUAUGUACACUAAUUACCCAAGCGACAUCUAUCUUCCGAGUGUGGAUUCGCAAACCGCUUUCAACAAUCUCCAAAAGGCUGGCCUAGCAGAACAACGGAACCUUAUUUUACCUACUUCUAACAAUUUUGAAAGCACCAAAACAAAUACGCUGCUUUCAGAAAAAGCGCCUCAAAGAAACUCUUUUAUUUCUAUGGGAUUAUCAUCGGGAACGGAUGUGCAACGCUCUGGAGAAAGAAGAGGGAAUUCUCCGGAAGUGACGAAAUUGCGCAAUCAGCCGGAUAUUCCUUCGCGACAGUUGUCUAAUAACGAUGGGAGAUCCGGCGUGAGUGUUAUAGACUCUGCAGUCAGUAAACUCAGAUUUGCAUGAAACAUGUUUCUAUAGCUGUAUAAAGUCUAGUUAAAGUGAAAUUAUCAUUUCACAGUACAGAAAAGGAUACAAAAACAUGCCUUUUUCUCUCUGUGAGGUUUAUACUAGUUAUCCGAAAUUAUAUUCAACGAAGAGCUCUCUCUCUCUCUCUCUCUCUCUCUCUCUCUCUCUCUCUCUCUCUCUCUCUCUCUCUCUCUGUCUCUCUCUCUCUCUCAUUUAGCGUUGAGGAUAACCUUUUGUA